ACACGCUGCCCGACAGUCAUUCAAUCCGCACUCACGGUAAGCUGCGCGUGCGCGAGGGACUUACGUGUGCAGCGAGCCGAGACCGACGAUUAUUCGAGAAAAUUCGCGCACUGUGUGAAAAACUGUCCGGCCGGCCGGCGUUGAGGCUAGAAAGUGUUCGAAAUUCAUUCGAGGAAGAAGUGAUCGAGUAAAAGUUAAAUUAUUUUGAUAAAUUUAAGUAAAUUUUGAUAAAUUUUUGAGUAAAAACUGUGUGGAAAUGGCUAAGUCAGCGAUUGGUAUCGAUUUGGGCACGACCUAUAGUUGUGUAGGUGUGUGGCAGCAUGGCAAAGUGGAGAUCAUUGCUAAUGAUCAAGGAAAUCGCACCACACCUAGCUAUGUUGCAUUUAAUGAUACCGAAAGGUUGAUUGGAGAUGCUGCGAAGAGUCAAGUUGCAAUGAAUCCAAAAAACACGGUAUUUGACGCAAAACGCCUCAUCGGUCGUAAGUUCGACGACCCAAAGAUCCAAGAAGACAUGAAACACUGGCCCUUCACCGUGAUUAACGACUGCGGCAAGCCGAAAAUCCAAGUGGAAUACAAAGCCGAAUCAAAACGCUUCGCCCCGGAAGAAAUCUCCUCAAUGGUUUUGAUAAAAAUGAAAGAAAUCGCCGAGACUUAUCUCGGUGGAAAAGUAAAAGACGCCGUUAUCACUGUCCCGGCGUAUUUCAACGACUCACAACGUCAAGCGACCAAAGACGCUGGCGCCAUCUCUGGUCUCAAUGUCUUACGUAUCAUAAACGAACCAACUGCGGCUGCGUUAGCCUACGGUUUGGAUAAAAACCUCAAAGGAGAGAAAAACAUUCUCAUUUUUGACCUUGGCGGUGGAACUUUUGACGUUUCCAUCCUAACCAUCGAUGAAGGGUCCUUAUUUGAGGUUAAGUCAACCGCGGGUGACACUCAUCUAGGCGGUGAAGACUUUGACAACCGUUUAGUCAAUCAUUUCGUUGAAGAAUUCAAACGUAAAUGUAAAAAAGACUUGAGUGGUAAUUCACGUGCCUUGAGAAGAUUGAGAACUGCCUGUGAGCGUGCAAAAAGGACUCUAAGUAGCUCAACAGAAGCUUCGUUGGAAAUUGACGCAUUACACGAAGGUGUAGAUUUCUACUCGAAGAUAACCCGCGCGAGAUUCGAAGAGUUAUGCAUGGAUCUCUUCCGUAAUACGUUGCAGCCCGUAGAGAGGGCGCUCAACGACGCGAAACUUGACAAAGCAGCUAUACAUGACGUUGUACUCGUUGGUGGAUCAAUCAGAAUACCAAAAAUUCAAAAAAUGUUACAGGAUUUCUUCUGUGGUAAAACUUUGAAUCUGUCGAUUAAUCCUGAUGAAGCGGUUGCCUACGGUGCGGCGGUGCAAGCGGCCAUCUUGAUCGGUGAUACGUCAUCACAGAUUCAAGAUGUGUUAUUGGUUGACGUAGCGCCAUUGUCUCUGGGUAUUGAAACCGCCGGCGGUGUUAUGACGAAAAUCGUCGAGAGAAAUUCGCGGAUUCCGUGUAAACAACAACAAACAUUCACGACUUACUCAGAUAAUCAGCCGGCGGUGACGAUUCAGGUCUUCGAAGGCGAGCGGGCGAUGACGAAGGAUAAUAAUCUGCUUGGCACGUUCAGUUUGAAUGGUAUACCACCCGCACCACGUGGUGUGCCCAAGAUUGAGGUUACGUUCGAUUUGGACGCGAAUGGCAUUUUGAAUGUUUCGGCGAAGGAUACUAGUACGGGCAGGUCGGAAAAGAUUACCAUUACGAAUGAUAAAGGGAGGUUGUCGAAGGCGGAUAUUGAUAAGAUGUUGGCGGAUGCGGAAAAGUAUAAGGCGGAGGAUGAGAGGCAGAAACAGCGUGUGAAUGCACGGAAUCAAUUGGAGAGUUAUGCGUUUAGUGUUAAACAAGCUGUUGAAGACGCUGCUGCCGAUAAAUUGACAGCUGACGACAAGAAAGCAGCCCAAGAUCGUUGUUCAGAAGCUCUCCAAUGGUUAGACAACAACCAAACAGCUGAAAAAGACGAAUAUGAAGAUAAACUAAAGGAAUUACAAAAAGUUUGCUCGCCUAUCAUGGUGAAACUGCACCAGGGUGCUGCGCCGCAAGGUGGCGCAGGUGGCGCUGGUCCAAACGUCGAAGAAGUUGACUAACUCACAACAAAAAACUAAAAAUAAUUUAAUUAAUACAUAAUUAUACAUAAACCACGCUAUUUAUUAAUAUUUAUUCAUAGUUAUUAAUAGUUAUUAAUUUAUUAAUACAAAUAUGUUCCGUUUUUAUUGCCUACACUAAUAAAAAUAAAAUUUUUGGUUUUAUGCUGUAAAAAUAUGUUUAACCGGCACGCGAUUAAAAUAGCUCUCAAGCACUGACGUCACAAUGGUAUUCAUGGUCUCUGCUAUCGACGGGCCAAUCUCACCGUUGACAUCGUACCAGUUUUCAUUUAGAAAUGUAUUCAUUGCACCGCCUAAAAAAUAAAUAUUAUAAUUGAGGUUGUAA